CUAAGGGUUCUGGCAUAGGAAUAACCUUGUUAUAUUUUCUCUUGGGUACCAUCGAUACUUUCAACGAAUGAGUGGAAGGUGUGAAAAUACUCAGAAAUGACUUGGGAUCAAAAACGAGUUUUUUUAUUCAGCCAUCCGAGAACAGCGUCGAAUUUGUUGACACGAAUCCUCUCUAAGCAGCCAGAUUGGAACAUAUCGGACUAUAUAUUCUUUGAUGCACACCAGUACACCCGAGACACUUUCGAUGGAAUAGCAUUAGAGAAGGUGUCCAGGGCAACAUGGGCUGAGCAUACUAAGCUCAUCAAUCAUGGCCACAACCACUUGCACACUUUUGUCCGGGAUUCUUUACGCGACCACCGUCACUUGCUGCUGAAGGACCACGCACAUCUUGUCACACCAGUAGAAGUAGCAUACGGCGACGAAUGUGUAUCACCAACCAGAUCAAGCGCCAUCGUGAACGGAAUGAAUGGGCUUAUCAAUUCAGAAGCAAAAUCUAACCCAACUAUAUUCUCUGAUGAGCUCAUGCUGUCCUGGCGUCCCCUGUUCUUGAUUCGCAGUCCGAUUCUGGUAUUCGAGAGCUGGCUCAUGGCGGAGGGAGAGCCGUAUCCAGACCUCGAGUCUCAGUACGCGAAGAUCUAUACGACGCUCAGAUUCCAAAGACAUAUUUUCGAUUGGUACAAGAAUCACGCUACCGCUUCGACUACACCAAUCGUUGUGGACGCGGACGACGUCAUCGAGCAUCCAGAAGUGAUCGGGAAGCUUUGCGAUAUUGUUGGCAUGGAUAAGGAACAGCUUCUUUGGGCUUGGGAAGCCAGCCCGACGCCUGAAAAAUUCUUGUCUAAUGAGCGAUUCAAGCGAUUUCUUCAGAGUAUCUCAGAUUCAGUUGGUAUUGAUCGCAGUAAGACGUCCUUCGGCGUGACACUCGAAGACAGAGAGCUCGAUUGGAAGAAGACCUUCGGUCCAGAGAGAGCUGCACAGCUUGCAAGCAGAGUCAAUGAGUCGUGGCCCGACUACGAAUACUUACAUUCUAUGAAACUAUCGUAAACAUAUAGAUAAGAACUUGACCAU